CAUGGCGUGCCCAUGGCAGGGGGCUAUUGCUCUCUGCCGAACCUUUAUGUUGCCCUUUACAGCAUCUCAAGCCCACCUGUAACAACUUUAAAAAGUGAUUGGAGACAUUGUUUGCAAUGUUACCGGGUUGAGCGCAUUUUUUCUGAGACGUUUGGUACAUUUUUUAACUAGAGGGAUUGUCAGAGAAAAGCUCUUGCCAUGUCUCUACUUUGUGUAAGAGUAAAGAAAGCCAAGCUGCAUGGAUCACCGGACAAGUUCAAUUCAUAUGUGACGCUGAAGGUACAGAAUGUCAAGAGCACCACCAUCACCGUGCGAGGGGACCAGCCAUGCUGGGAGCAGGACUUCAUGUUUGAGAUCAACCGUCUGGACCUGGGGCUCAUCGUGGAGGUGUGGAACAAAGGCCUUAUCUGGGACACCAUGCUGGGGACUGCCUGGAUCCCCCUCAAGAGCAUCCGCCAGUCAGAGGAGGAGGGUUCAGGGGAGUGGACCUUCCUGGAUGCUGAGGUUCUGAUGAAGGCUGAUGAGAUUUACGGCACCAAGAACCCAACGCCCCACCGGGUUCUGCUGGACACGCGCUUUGAGCUGCCUUUCGACAUCCCAGAUGAUGAGGCACAGUACUGGACCUGCAAGCUGGAUCGCAUCAACACUAUGAGGAUCCAUGAUGAGUACCCUCUGCAGGAUGAGGUCCAAAAACGCCCCAUGCCGCUUGCUGCCUCCCAAUGCUCCCUGGAUGACCAUGACAGUGCGGUGGACGACCGGGACAGUGACUACCGUAGUGAGACCAGCAACAGCGUGCCCCCACGCUACCACACCACGACCCAGCCCAACUCCUCCAUGCACCAGUACCCCAUGGGCCCCCGGCUCCAGAACCACCUGGACUCCUGCACCGACUCCAUCCGCAGCUUUGACAUGGACUACAGAGACCACCGUGGUAGCAGUCCGGUGGAAAGUAGUCGCUUUGGGUCCUCUGGAAACCUGAGCCAGACCAGCUCCCAGCUUAGUGAGACAGGCCAGGAGAGUGCUCCAGGCUCAGGGCUAGAAGAGUCCUUCCACUCUUACCACAGUACCACCUUCUGCCCCUCUACCAAUGGCCAGCAACCCACCAACGGACACCUCCCCAGCAAUGGACACUCUGUUUUGGGGCAGGAGGAAUUGCGCCGACCCUCCCUGGAUGUGGGGAAGAGCUUAAAUGGCUCUAUGAAGAGAAUGGACCACUCAGUCGAGAAAAUAUCCAAUAAAAUGCUGCAAAGUUUCCACGACAAUGGGCCUCCUUUGCCCUUCUCUCCAUCCAGAAUACGCUGGUUGAAGGCCAUCAACAAAGUGAGGGUACAGCUGCAGGAGGGACGAGAUGAUGGACCCAACUCCAGACAAGCUUGGAUCAAACCAGGCGGUGGAAGUGGUUUGUUUGGGAUUGACAGCAUGCCAGACCUUCGUAAGAGGAAGCCUAUACCUCUGGUCAGCGACGUGUCACUGGUCCAGGCCAGAAAGGCUGGAAUCACCUCUUCCAUGGCCGCGCGCUCCUCCGUCAAAGAUGAGGAGCUGAAGAACCACGUUUAUAAGAAGACUCUACAGGCUCUGAUCUACCCCAUCUCCUGCACCACGCCCCAUAACUUUGAGGUGUGGACGGCAACCACGCCCACCUACUGCUACGAGUGCGAGGGGCUGCUGUGGGGCAUCGCCCGCCAGGGCAUGAGGUGCUCCGAGUGCGGGGUUAAGUGUCACGAGAAGUGCCAGGAACUGCUGAAUGCUGACUGCCUGCAGCGUGCUGCGGAGAAGAGCUCCAAGCAUGGGGCUGAGGAUCGUACCCAGAACAUCAUCAUGGCCAUGAAGGACCGCAUGAAGAUCAGGGAGAGGAACAAGCCGGAAAUCUUUGACGUGAUCCGGGAUGUCUUUGUCGUCAGCAAGGCGAUCCACGCUCAGCAGAUGAAGACCAUCAAACAGAGUGUACUGGACGGAACCUCCAAGUGGUCGGCCAAGAUCACCAUCACAGUGCUGUGUGCCCAGGGACUGCAGGCCAAAGACAAGACGGGUUCCAGCGACCCCUAUGUCACGGUCCAGGUGGGCAAGACCAAGAAGAGGACCAAAACCAUCUACGGCAACCUCAACCCUGUCUGGGAGGAGAAGUUCCACUUCGAGUGUCAUAAUUCGUCGGACCGCAUCAAGGUGCGUGUGUGGGACGAGGACGAUGACAUCAAGUCCCGGGUGAAGCAGCGUCUGAAGAGAGAGUCCGACGACUUCCUGGGUCAGAGCAUCAUCGAGGUCCGCACGCUCAGUGGAGAGAUGGACGUCUGGUAUAACCUGGAGAAGAGGACCGACAAGUCAGCCGUGUCCGGCGCUAUCCGUCUCCACAUAAGUGUGGAGAUCAAGGGAGAGGAGAAAGUGGCUCCCUAUCACGUCCAGUACACCUGUCUACACGAGAACCUCUUCCACCACUCAACGGACGUUCUGGGCCAGGGGGUGGUGAGGAUCCCAGAUGCCAAAGGAGACGAUGCCUGGAAGGUGUACUUUGACGAGGUGGCCCAGGAGAUAGUGGACGAGUUUGCCAUGCGAUACGGGAUCGAGUCAAUCUACCAGGCAAUGACGCACUUCGCCUGCCUGUCCUCUAAGUACAUGUGUCCUGGCGUUCCGGCGGUGAUGAGCACCCUGCUGGCCAACAUCAAUGCCUUCUACGCCCACACCACCGCCUCCACCAACGUCUCCGCCUCUGACCGCUUCGCCGCCUCCAACUUCGGGAAAGAGCGCUUUGUCAAGCUCUUGGAUCAACUCCACAACUCCUUGCGCAUUGACCUCUCCACAUAUAGGAACAACUUCCCUGCCAGCAGUAAGGAUCGUCUCCAGGACCUGAAGUCCACUGUGGACCUACUGACCAGCAUCACCUUCUUCAGGAUGAAGGUCCAGGAACUGCAGAGUCCCCCUAGAGCCAGUCAGGUGGUGAGGGACUGUGUUAAGGCCUGCCUCAACUCCACCUACGACUACAUCUUCAACAACUGCCAGGAGCUGUACAGCCGCCAGUACCAGCUGCUGGACACACAUAAAGAGGAUCUUCCCCUGGAGGAGCAGGGCCCCAGCAUCAAGAACCUGGACUUCUGGCCCAAACUGAUCACCCUUAUAGUCUCCAUCAUAGAGGAGGACAGGAACUCCUACACACCCGUGCUCAACCAAUUCCCUCAGGAGCUGAAUGUGGGGAAGGUGUGUGCUGAGGUCAUGUGGGCGCUGUUCUCCCAGGACAUGAAGUAUGCCAUGGAGGAGCAUGAAAAGCACCGGUUGUGUAAGAGUGCCGACUACAUGAACCUGCACUUCAAGGUCAAGUGGCUGUACAAUGAGUAUGUGAAGGACCUGCCAAACUUCAAAGGGGUUGUACCCGACUACCCAUCGUGGUUCUUACAGUUUGUGCUGCAGUGGUUGGAUGAGAAUGAAAGCGUUUCCAUGGAGUUCAUGCAUGGAGCUCUGGAGAGAGACAAGAAAGAUGGAUUCCAGCAGACAUCUGAGCAUGCUCUCUUCUCUUGCUCGGUGGUGGACGUCUUCACCCAGCUCAACCAGAGCUUUGAGAUCAUCAAGAAACUGGACUGUCCUGACCCAAAGGUCAUGGCCCACUACAGCCGACGAUUCGCCAAGACUAUUGCCAAAGUUCUUCUGCAGUACAGUGCCAUUCUGACCAAGAGCUUCCCCUCCUACUCUGACAAAGAGAAGAUCCCCUGUGUACUGAUGAAUAACGUGCAGCAGUUGCGUAUCCAGCUGGAGAAGAUGUUUGAGUCCAUGGGUGCCAAACAGAUGGAUGCACCCCCAGAGGAAAAGCCUGAAAAGAAAGACGAGGAGAAGGUGGUGAUUAUUACCGACAAAAAGCUGGACACAGAAGCCAGUGACCUCCUGAAUGAGCUUCAGGUCAAGCUGAACAAUGUGCUGGAUGAGCUGAGUACCACGUUUGGAAACAGUUUCCAGGUCCGUAUUGAUGACUGUAUGAGACAGAUGGCCUGUCUGCUGUACCAGAUCAAGGGCCCAGUCAACACCAACAGCCACAACAUGGUGGAGGCCGACUCGGACAACAUGCUACGGCCACUUAUGGACUUCCUGGAUUCAAAGUUAACGCUGUUUGCCACAGCAUGUGAGAAGACCGUUCUAAAGCGGGUUCUGAAAGAGCUGUGGAGGAUUGUGAUGAGCAGCCUGGAGAAAACCAUCGUCCUGCCCCAAGGCAACGACACAUUCGGGGCUCAGAUCCUGUCUGCAGCCAAGGAACUGGGGCAGCUCUCCAAGCUCAAGGAUCACAUGGCAGGAGAGGCCAAAAGCCUGACACCUAAACAGUGUGCUGUCAUGGAUAUAGCACUGGACACAAUCAAACAAUACUUCCAUGCAGGAGGGAACGGUCUGAAGAAGGCGUUCCUGGAGAAGAGUCCUGAGUUGACCUCACUACGCCACGCUCUGUCCCUCUACACACAGACCACAGACACGCUCAUCAAGACCUUCGUCACAACACAACACACACAAGGGUCAGGAGUGGACAAGCCGGUGGGAGAAAUAUCCGUUCAGAUCGACCUAUUCACCCACCCUGGUACUGGGGAGCACAAAGUCACUGUCAAAGUGGUGGGAGCCAAUGAUCUGAAGUGGCAGACGUCUGGGAUGUUCCGGCCCUUUGUGGAGAUCACCAUGAUUGGACCACACCUCAGUGACAAGAAGCGCAAGUUCCAAUCCAAGUCCAAGAACAACAGCUGGGCGCCCAAGUUCAACGAGACCUUUCACUUUAUCCUAGGUAAUGAGGAUGGCUUUGAGUGCUAUGAGCUGCAGAUGUGUGUGAAGGACUACUGUUUUGGCCGUGCCGAUCGGGUGGUGGGCAUGGCUGUGAUGCAGCUGCGGGAUGUGGCAGAGAAGGGCAGUGUGGCGUGCUGGUGCCCCCUGGGUCAGCGUGUCACCAUGGACGAGACAGGCCUCACCGCCAUGCGCAUCCUCUCCCAGCGCUCCAACGACGAGGUGGCCAAGGAGUUCGUCAAGCUCAAGUCUGAGAUACGCUCUGAGGAGGAGGGCAGAUGAGGUCUCCCUGAAGGAGGGGAGGGGUGUGAAGGGCCUCUAGUGAAGUGGGAAGUAAUAGGAGCACUUUGACUACUUUGGACUAAUAAUGUCCCCUGGCUGCUACUGGCUGUUUGAUGGACACUGGUUCACCAUCACAUUGUCACUCACUGUGUUUCUCAGACUCCCCUUUUGUGUCCCUCACUCACUAUCUCCUACACAUACGUAGUUAGUUUCUCUCUCUCUCAAUGGUUAUUAGACACAAUCUCACACGAUAUUGUACUUACUGUGGGUCGGCCAGUCUGGCACUAUGGACAUGCCAUGGGCGCUAUAUGCCAAUCAAUUCCUGCCAGCCUGUAUGUACUUCAGUACAGGGUCUUCCCCUCACCCCACAAUCCCCCCUAGUGUUCAUGUGCAAUACCCCCCAACUGUGGCCAUAUGUUUGAUGCCUUACACUUUAGAAGCUGUGAAUGUGUGAAGUUCAGACACAAAACUGUAACUGUAGUAGAAAGCGGUUUAUCUUCCUCAAUCUCUCUUUAGUGUUCUUCAGGAUCCAUGUUCACAUCAUUGAUGCCACUAUUAGGGUCCAAACGCAGGAUGUCAUUGUUGGUGUUUUGGUCGAAGUAGAUUCACCUGGUUUCUAUCGUUUGGACUUCUACCACAUGUCAAGUACCCUACUCCUAAUUAUAGUGUACAAAUCCAAUUUUUUCCCUUACAAAAAAAACACACUUCACUUUUCUAUUGGAAUUAGUGCCAUGUGGUGGUUCUAAAGUGAGUUUUAUGUUUGAGUCUCCCCCCUAUUUUUUGACAGGAGGUACUGUAAUGGCAACAGCACUCAAUGUAAAGGGUUUGUAAAGUUGUGUGCCUUGUCAGGUAUUGGGCUCCUAUUCAUAACCCAUUAGUCCCAUACAGUGUUAACAAUGCACUUUGAAUGAGAACUACUGUAAUACUUUUUAGUCUAAAUUGUCAUAAAUGUUCUUAACGCAAGGGCUGCCUUCUAUCCAGAGAGAAACUUCCUUUUAAGGAUAGAGAGUGGUGAGCACUUUAAUAUGGACUAUUGCUUCUUACAUUAAAAACGGCAAUGGUGUAUGUAGGGCCCUGUCUUGAACUUAGUAAUCACUGCUAAAUAACCCUGUUGAAUACAACAUUUUACAAACAUUUGGCUAAUGUUGCCAACCCUCAAUGACAGCCAUUUUAUUUAUAGUUUUUAUGUAUUUAAUCCAUAUGUAGAUUCUGGUCUACUUUGCAAACAGAGGGCUGCUAGAUGGCGUUUGAGUAUAGUUUUCAAAGUGGUUUUGAAUGGCUUUUUACUGCAGUUUUCUAGCAGGACCCUACAGAUACUAACUGAACCUAGAGGGUCUUUUGGGACCAGAGGAGUUUAAACGAUUUUCAUCUCAGAUGAGGGAAAGGCUAGUAUGGUUCGUAACAAGGCUAGGAAAAGGCAGUCCAAGCCCUCGGUUUCCAAAUAUUUUCCAACUAUGUUUCCUUGUAUCUCUGAGUGGCCUUACAUUGGUGAUAAUAGAAGAUUUCUAUAUACAUGUUUUUACCCCCCAUUUUCUGUGUAUUUCUUUUGUCUCACAACGAUGCAGAGGGUUGGUCAAUUUGACCUAAAUGAACCGUAUCAGACUGAUAUUGUCAAUGUGAUUUUCCUUAUUGCUGUUACUUUAUUUUUGUUUUUAAUUGUAUUGGAGGAUUUAUAUUUUUCGUUUAGAUGUAGUAAUUUUCUUAGAUAUACUAUUCAUAUUUUUGUUUUCCGUUUUGAUCCCUCUUAAAAAAUGUUGGAAUGAUGUGAAGAUGUUCAGUACUGUAUCAUGAGUUCUAUUGGAUCUACAGUAUACACAGUAAGGGGUAAUGCAUGCCUGUCAUAUCCCUGAUAGAAAUAAGGAGAGAAAAAAUGUAACAUAUCACGCCUAAAAAAAAUAUUUUGCUAAUUGUCAAGUAACACUGCCGUUGUCCAUACAAUAAUAGUCAGUUUGAUGUUCACAAAAAGAAGAAAACUGCAACAUCACACACUGUUAAAGCUAUAUAUGGGCUUUAUAUGCAGUAUACAGUACCAAUGUGAAUACAUCUUUUUGGCUGUUGAUUUAGGGGAAAAUGUCUACUUCUAAGGAGGGCACUGCCACUAACAUACAUGUUCCUUGUGCCAAGCUGUGCAAGUGUUCACUUUUUAUCGUUUUAUUACAUUUUUUUUAUACAUUUUUUUUUAAUCUUGUGAAGCAUUGCACUAUAAUUAAAUCACUACAAUAGUUAGUUAGCACGUGUUGUAUGUCCAAGUAACUGGACUUUUGUGAAGUUUUAUUUGUAUUUUGCAACUGGAAAAAUCAUGGUAUUGAUCAUUAAAAUGUGUACAUUACAAUGUAUUAAUUUUGUAUAAAGUAUUUAAG